AUGAGCCUUUGGUCUACUAUAGGUCGAAGGCUGGAAGACUCAAACCAGUCAUCCACGUGGCUCAAUAGCUGUUAUUGGCUUAUGCAUGUGGACGGCCGUAGCUACAUCAACAUCAAACGAGUUGCGCAGAGAUUGAGUUGCGUGAAGGGUUUGUACCCGGAGUACUACGGCCUCAGCCCAAUGACCGGAGAAUCACGAGUUCCUUUAGCAGAUGAGUCGAGCGGCUACGUGAUCAGCCGCAAGCUGCUGCUGAGCCUGCUCUCAUCUGGAUGGCUUGCGAAAUGCGCAGACUACUUUUCGACUAGCAGUGAUGCGCACGGUUUUGGGUGGAGUUGGCCCUCAGGGUUUUACACGUCUCUCUGCCUUUGGCAUCAGCAACGUUUAAUGUUGCAACGUUUAGGUGACCCUGAACAGGAGGUGCUCAUGCGAGCCCUGACCAAGGAGCAAGGAAACUCGCCACUGCAUCGACUACGGAAACUGCAUCCGUCUGGACACUGCAUCCUCCUCGUUGCUGCAAAGACCCCAGCAAAUCUGCACGAGAUUCACAGGCGUGUAAGGCUUGUCAGCCCACUGGAAGAUCCAGCACGAGACAUGAUUCGAAAUGAAGUUGGUUGUUUUACUCAAUCACUGCUGGAGCCUUUGGCCCUGGCACCCCCAUGGAGCUUUCGUGUUGCUCGAAGUAUAUCACGGUGCCCUCUGAAGCUGGCUGUCUCCCAGACAGAAUUGGGGCUUUCUGUGUUGAAGCGCGAGCUGCUACAGCCUUCACGACCACGAGGACCUGCCGUGCAGAAGCUGCAAGCUGCCCGUGGGCGCAAACAACUCUGCAUCCUGAUGCCCACUACUGAUGCUACCCGCAAGCAGGUUGACCGCGCAGUGUCUGCUGUGACUACGUGGGCGAAACCAUACCUGCCUUUAAAACCCGACUUGCACGACGCAAUCCCAGCGCUGGCACUUCUGUAUGGCCGACCUCUUUUUUCAGACUGGGCCCCUGCUACCUUGUCGCUGAGAGGGGAUCUAGAUGUGAGACACCCCAAGUUCAAUGCUUUGCGGUUUAUCUACAUGUGGCUCACCCUCGCCAUGUACCAUUCAUCCGACUGCAAAUUCUUCAUGAAGGCCGACAUGGAUGCUUAUGUGCACGUGCCUAGGAUCCUAAAGACCCUUCGGGAGCUCAAUGCUUCCACAAAGAUCUACGCAGGCCAGGUAACCCUGUCACAUGGUCCAGGCUACAAGAAGUGGAAAGAGUUUGCACACGGCUUGGGCUACAUCCUGAGCGGCCCCGCACUGCGCAGCGCAAUCCCGGGCCUCCAGCACUGCAUGAAGCAGCUCCUGGAUGCGCGGAUGGAGGCAAUCGAAGACAUGCUCCUCGCAGCCUGCCUGCGCCACUCCCAUAUCUUUCCAGUCCAGCUAGGGCCGAUCAUUUAUGAUUUCAAGCUUUCUAGUGAACAUAUUGAUCGGGUUGUGCAAGAAGCUCUGGUGACGCACCGUGUAGAAGAGGAAGAGAUGUACCUGCUGCAUGAUGCGGCGGGCUUUGGCGACAAGAGCGGUCCAAGCAAAGCUGCAGCUCAGGCACGGCGAGACCUGUAUUGGUUGAUUGUCGAUGUCGAGUCACGCCAUCCGCCCAAAGUGCAAUCGCAGGACCCUCAUGUGGGGCCUUGGCUGGAUGUGCUCUAUGCUGGGCUAGCCAAGCUGCGGCCUUGUCCGAGCUGGCCGCAGCUCUUCGAGGCAGCCGCCUUCCACCUGGCAGGUGCAAUCAGCUUCUUGCCCAACUCGCUUCUGGCUUUUUUUUCUGACCAUGAUUCUGGCCUUGGCGAUGCACAUGUUGCAGCUCACGGCCUCACGGCGCCUGCGACGGCGCAUGACUUUAGCUCCUUCCUGGCUUUGCGGCCAGCAUCAGCAGAGGAGCACCUAGGACGCGACCUGCAGCUGCGGGUUGCUGCUGGCGUAAAUAGCAGCAUGGCGGCUUCCCUCAUCGGUCUGAUUGCCGGAAAGCUUUGCUGCAAAGACAGAGGGACCAAGAAGUCGACGGAUGGAGAGGCUGCUUUCUUGUCUCCACACAGCUCUGCAUCCGAAUCAGAGCUUGAGGUCGUUGUUGUGGCUGGGCAACGCGAGGAGGAGCCUCGGACUACCUCGUGA